AAUUUAUUUAAGCAUUUAAUUGUAAAAUCAAAAUUUGUUUUCAGCUCUCCAUAUAGGAUAGGUAACAAACAUUUUAUCAAACAUUGUCCCAGUAUAUACAGAUGGCUCCAAGGAUCCUAAUACAGGGAGCACAGGUUUUGCUCUCAGCCUUACAAGUUACGGUUAAAAGAGGAACAUCAGAUAAUUUCUCCAUUUACACAGUCAAGAUGAUGGCAAUUGCAACAGCAUUACAGUGAAUAGAAGAGUUACAAAAUAAAAAGAUUAUUUGUACAGAUUCAUGUUCUGCAUUCAUGUCAUUGCAGUCAUUUACAUCUCACAGUAGCCAGGAUAUAUUUAAUGAGAUAUAUGAAACUCUGUACAGAUUUAAAAAUAUGAAUAUUUUGAUAACAUUUAUGUGGACACCAGCUCACAGAGGGAUAAAUGGCGAUGAAAUUUUGGAUGCAUUAGCAAAACAGACACGGAAACAUGAGGAGAUCGUGGACAUUUCACUCAGUAAAUCUGAAGCAAAAGGAAUAAUCAAAAGAAACAUCAUUAAAGAGUGGCAGCACAGUUGGGAAACAGCAAACACAGGACGACACUUUUAUGCAGUUCAGUCAGAAGUGGGCAAAGUGAGGUCAGCUAAACAUCUUAACAAGACUGAGAGUAAGACAUACCAGACUUAAUAACACGCUGCAGUGGAAGAACUAGGUGUAAAAAUGUAUUUGCCAUUAUCGGGUUACGGAGUCUAUUUCAUUAUUUGAACGAAACUGGGCUGAUCAAAAGAAUUUAAUGUUCAGUGAAAUAUAGUUGUUUCAUUUAUUUAUUUUUAUUUGUUGUGUUGGUCUCGUGGGACAGAUAACUCUGGUUCAGGCGCCAGUAGCGGGUGGCGGUAAUGCACCUUAACGCUGGUUUUACGGCCACCCGCCGUAAAACGAAAAAAAGACGACGACGAAGAAGAAGCGUAAUCACCGGAUACUCUGCUCGGUCGAUGUGCGUCACACAAAGCAGGGGCCGCGUCUGUUCGUGGGAAGAAUCCAUGUUAAGUCAGCUCCUAAUACCAUGCUGUUAAUAACCCGACAGUAAAUAUUCUGUCCAAAGUGGACCGUAUCGAAAGUCGGAUGAAUGGUAAACCGGACCACGAUGUCGGCGGACGAUUUUCAGACGAAGUACGCCUCUGUCAUGGAGAGCAUGCUCAGGAGUGCUGUCGCGGAGACGACGAAACUUUUCGAAACUAUGGUCGACGAGCUGAAGGCUGAAAUAUCCAUGAUCAAGAAGGAGAAUGAGGACCUCAAAACAAGAUGCAGCCAAUUCGAAAAUGCGAAAAGCCAACCGACCGUUCAUACAGGAGAAAGGGAGCCUCCUCCAGGACCAAUAGACGGCUCUGAGAAACGUGACACAGCUGUUCAAUGUGACCUUGUUCCUUUUUGUACCAUGCUGGUGGAGCAAUGUCAACCAUUGAGGCACUCAUCAUGGCAAAACCAAGAGCAGCAAUGUGGUUAUGAGGAGAUGGAGCAAUGUCUUCAAAAGGAUCAGGACUAUGAAGAGAGAAAUUCCCUGAUGCCACUUGUCAAAAAAGAAGAGGAAAUUGAACCCACUGUGGUCUGCAGGCAAGGCUUGAGUGAUAAUGCAGAUCCACCACAGGCCUCUGCGUGUGGAACCGAAACAGAGGGGCUUCUCAUUAAUCAGGAAUGUUCAAAUGGAGAAAUGACCUUACAUCAAAAAGAUGAAGAGACCCGAGUAGCCAUGGAACCACCGUGUUCGGUAAUGGAUAGCAAUUUACAAGCCCAGAAACAAUUAUCAGAACCAGGGCAUUCACAAGUCAUUUCAAUCGCUGCAGUAAAAUAUGUCAUGGAAGAAGAGUCUGGUGUCGGUCUGAAGAUAUCAGAAAUAAGGACACAGGGUAAACUUGUAACAUCUGCAGAACAACCAUUGGUGGCUGCUCAGAAACUAUCAGAGGUUGAACCACAUGAAGAAAGGCAACUACCAGCGAAUGAAAUGUCAAAUAAACAAAUGAAUGUUACUGUGCAACAAUUCACAAAGGAACAGUUAGCAGAGACCAUACCGCUAAACAAAGAAGUAGUACAUGAAGAAUUAAAAGGUAGCUCGACAGGAAGAGAGGCUAGUUCCAAGCCUGGGUUGUCAGUAUGCCGUAGAAGAGGAAGAGGACGUCCUCCAAAGAAAGCAAAACAUCUGCAACAGCCAGUGAAAGAAAUACAUCAGACACUAUUCACUGAUGUUCCAACAGACCAGGAGGUGCUCAAGGCUCCACCCACCGAAGUUUCAUCUGCAAAUGAAACUCUAAAGACCCCAUCAGCUGAGCCAGUACAAGCACCAUCAGUUCAGCACAGAGAACACUGUACCUCAGUAACUCUUCAGGAUGCAAUGCUACUAGUUGAAGCCAUGAAUCAGUCAACAGUGAAAAAUACAUUCUCCUCCCCACAAGGAAUGGCACCACCACAAAUCCAGUGUGCUCCUCGUGUGGUUACCUUACAAACUGUGGAUGAGGUCCCAGCUGAUUUACUUACUCCUGGAUCCCCACCACAGACACCACCGCUUCCUGUUGUAACUCAAGAAGUUGCAGUAGAUAUACAUGUAACAGAGAUGUCCACAACAACACAAACAACAAAAGAGACACCUUGUGAUGCUUCACAGACUACAGAUGCCAUUGAAUCAAAUAAAACUCAGUCCCAUAUUAAGGUUGUCAAACCACAACAACCGCAUGCAGGUACCCCUUCCAAUACUACUACAUCUCCGCCAUCUUCAACUGCUGCAACUCAAACCAGUGUGUCACUUAAGCAGCACCCACUCCAUCCUCUGAUAACAUUGGCAAUGCCCAGUAAAUCACUGAGUAACACAGUCCCAAAUAAAAUAAUCGUUGUGCCAAGAUCAUCCUCACUUAUGUCACAUACAAUUGCAGCACUGUCCCCAACACAGCUAUCUACUGUUGUGUCAAAAGUUGCUAAUGCACAGAAUAAUAAUUCACUUCCAGCUUCUACAGCUGCAGGCCUUCCCCUUGGAACACCUCCCCUUUCCUCUGUUUCUCAGAAAACGAUAUAUGUUACCUCCAGGAAAUCGCAUCCUGUUGUGACUUCUCAGACAAGCACUAGUUCAACACACCAGCAGUCAGGAACCCUACCAUACCCCAAAGUAACAAUUAUAAUUCCAAGACAGGUGUCAGCUGUGGCAUCAAAGAAACAGAAGUCACAGAAAACACUUGUUCUGACAACAAAGCAGGAGUCUGCUGAACCAGUUGCUGCUGUCAAGGUGUCAAGGCCACUGUUGGUUUCUUCAUCACAGCAGAUAAGCAUUUCACAAAUGGCUUCAGAACAACAGUCUACAACAUCGUCAGUUGGGGUAGUGCCAAUCACUGUGUCCCCAGAGGCCCCACUGACCACUGAACAGAAGCUCUCUGCAGUUGUCAAAUUAAGCAGGCUGCCAUUUCCGAUGUCAACCAAGGAAUCAGUCUUGAUCUCAAGACUGCUUUCAGAUGGAUCUUCUGAAGGUACCACACAAGAGAAACCAUCAUCUGUGGUCAAGUCAACUCAACCAUCAAAAAAAACGAUCUCACUGUCAGAGGUGCCAGCACUAUCAACUGACAUUUGUCCCAAUUUAAAAAAAACUUCUGUCACUGUGUCUGUAUGUGCCUCUCAGGUGUCAGAAGAGCCAAAUGAUAUUCAAGAGAAGGCAUCAUUAUCCUCUGAAACAUGCAUUAGUUUGGAUGCAGCACCUGUGAACAGUUGUGUGCAGCCAUCUACACCAUCCAAGGUCUCGGCACCAGUCUUGGAGAAAUCAGCAAUAGCUGUCAGCACAACUGAAUCUUCAGCUGUAUCUGGUACAGCUAUUGAACCUACUUAUAGUUUGGAUGAAGAAAUAAUCAGCAAUUCAGUGCAAGAUUGUGUACAGCCAAAUGAGCCACCUAUACAAGAGAAAGAAUCGGCUAAGUUCGUACAGCUAUCCUCCAUCACAUCCAAAGACAUAGCUGACCCUCAUUUGCAGAUGACUAAAACCCAGUUCCUUGCACAGUUGGCUGUGUCACCUGUAGUUCAAGCCCCAAAAAAGGUAAUGUAGUAGUAAACAUUCCACAGUCUUGUGUAGUAAUAUCAUUAUAAGGAGGGUUAAAAAUGUUUGCACUGGUUACUGAACAUUCAGACAGACUACAAUGGGUACUUAAAGGAAGAUGAACAGAUGAGCUGUGACAGUAUUGAUUUAACACCCUCACCCUUUGAUAAGGUAAUAAUGCACACCCCAGCGGCUAGGCAGUUAAGCACUACUUUAAGUUAUGCAAUAUUUACUAUAUAAUAUGUUUUUACGUAAGGUACUGAAUGUUAAUGUAUUUUCAUAAUGUACACCCCCCAUAAGUCAAUUUUCCAGUUGGAUCUGGACUUGCAGGUGCUCAAUGUUGAAUGACUCAGAUCUGAAUUUGGGCUAAACAUUUUUAUCGGAGCAUCCCAACCAUGUAAUAUUAAAAUUUGUACAUAAUAUUCGCACAUUGAAUUUUGAAAGGCUAGUGUUGGGUGGUAUGACCAAAAAUUUGUGUCACUGUAUUUUUUACGAUUUGGGUGGUUUCACGGUAUAUCACAGUAUUUUUUUUUUGCAUGACUGGGCAUUUAUAUAGGUUUAUAUAUACCUCCCAGCACUAGUAAAUACUAGUGCACACCGGGUGUUUCCCCUAUAUGCUUUCAACAGCGGUGCAGCACCGCUGCUAAAUGAUGAACUCCACUACUGAAAUUUCACAUUGUGCAUAAGAACACAAACCACUCACUCAUCCUCUGCUUCGAGCAACUGACUGGUAGCUCUCUGUCCUCCACACACAAACAGUGGACAGCAGAGCAGAGAGGCUGCAGUGGAGACAGUGAACCAGUGAUGUGAAAGAAUUGACGACUUCUACAGUCGUUACUGUAGGUCCAAUAAAACCUUUGAGUAAAAAGCCAAUACUUUAUCAAACUGCCUGUUCAACAAGCAUAAACAUGUAGAAAAGCGAUAUUUUCAACUGCUUUGUCUGCAGUCCCUCAUCUACCGCCAGCAUGUUUUACACAACCAUAGCAUGCUGGUUAGGCUAAUAGCAAACUGUUAUGAACAAGCUAAAACAAAAGCUGUCCAUAUGUAGCUGCUGUAAAUGUUUAGCUUAGUUUGCCACUGUUGUGACCGGUCUCAAGUGGCCAAAACUAAAGGGAGACACACCAUGUCAAAGUUUAACAAAAAGAUAUUUUUGUCACCCCCAAAGGCCCAUUCUUAGCCAGAAAAAAACAUGCUUCCAAAUUCUUUUGUGCCACUUACCCAACUAUGGUCAAAUGCUCAGACGGCUGGCUAAUAACUAGAAUGGGACAAUAAGGAGCAGGCUCGACAUCCUGACUCGGUUUCUCAAUGAGCUGGCAACUACAUCACAUCUUGACAUAUUUGGCAACAUCACACUUCAACCGAGGCCAAAAGAAAUACCACAGGACACAAUCAUAAGUUUUUCUCACCACCAAAUGCCCACAACUACCAUGCGCCAUUUGCAACACCAUAUCACAGAAGUUACUUGGCAUAACAAUCUGAAAAAUUGCUUCACUGCCAAAGUUGCUAACACAGGGCACCCACUUUCUCUUCAGCAGAUCUCCCUGGACAAAUUAACCAUGAGCAAUUUCUCUCUUCCCUUUUCAACCGGCCAAGCCUCAUCCCACCAGUCAGACAGAGAUGGAUCAGCCCUUUGGUCCUCCACCCAGUCCUCCCUCAAAACAGCUGGAAGAAUAUAAAGCAGUGAAUGCCCUGUUCUGUAACAGGUGAAAAGGGCAGUACUGACUUCACAAUAAAUUAGUGUUUAGCGCCUGUGUCACGCAACAGCUUAAUCAGUACAUGCUUCUCACUAUCAACCAAGGACACAACGGCAUCGCCAAUGAAUGGCUUAAAACGAGAACCAGUUUUGGAAAUCAGGCCAGAACCAGUACUCAGAUCCACAGACAACAGUCUCUGCUCCAAAACUGCAUAGCAUAGCUUGAGUAUACAAUGGCAAACGACGCAAAGGUGAAUGAGGCUUAACUCUCGGCUUCAACAGCAGACACUUGUCCUUCCAGUGACCUUUCCCAUGGCAGUAAUUGCACACUCUGGCACCCUCAGGUUAUCUUGUAAGCAGGUUUACUCGAGGAACCAGGCAGAAAUUUUUGCACCACCAAGGAAGUUACCACAAUUAUCAUCCCCAUCAUUUCAAUCAAGAGUGUGUCUCUGAAAAAAACACCCUUGUGCAUCAACACAAAAUCAUCAGCCAAUUCAGCUGCUUUGAGCACGGUGGAGGGCUUCUGCUCAUUUACUUAUGUAGCAAUGUGUUGAGGGAUAGUGUUUUUAAACAGUUCUAGCACAGUCAGCUCACAAAGACUGUCAGAAGUAUCACCUUCCACAGCUGGGCACAAAUGGUGAAAAUUGGAAGUCAAAUAACAGACAAAAUCCACAUUUGUUUGCUUAUCACCCUUUACCCAAUUUCAGAAUUUCUGCCAAUAUGCUUCAGGGACCAACUCUUAUGCUCUUAAUAUAGCCGAUUUCAUUGUAUCAUAAUCCAAAUCGGCCUCAGCAGCAAUAACUGAAUAACCCUCCUGAGCUCUCCCAGUGAGGACGCACUGAAGCAUCACCCUUUCCGAAUCUGUCCAAUUUUUGCAUCGAGAACACAUUCAAAAAAAGUGAAAAAGUAUCAGGGUCUCGCUCAUUAAACUACGGCACCAAACACAGGAUGGCAAUAAAAUCAAUACAGGGCUCUACAGUGCGAGUAUUUCACUUACAUUUGCCCCUAAUAACAGACAUGUGCAACCGGAAAAAUAAUUUACAAGCACAGUGUGCGAGUAAAGAUUACAACCUAAAUUUUACAACCAAAAACUACUAUUUAAUAGUCAGAUAGAUAAUAAUAAAUAUCAGGGCACUAACUGUAGCCUCAGUAACCAAUAACUAACUGUUAUCUUUCAUUGAUACUCCCCUUGGAGAAACGGUGUUCUCUCAGAAUACAGAUCUUGCAUCAGGCUGCCUGGCUGCCCUCGGUGUACUUAAAUUUGAGUGUUUGAGAAAGAGCUGAUCACACCCACACACAGCAGAAACAGCAGCAGGUGAUAGCUGGCAAUGGGCUAAAGGCAGUAAGACACGGUAAUGACUUGGUGUGAAUGACAAACUGCGAAGUCAGCCCGUUUCUGAGUUAAUUAACUCUGUUACUUGAACAUUUUUCACAGUGCUCCUAAAUUUCUUUAUGCGCACCUAAAAGUUAGCAUGAAGCCCUGUCAAUACCAAUAACUGGUGCAGAGCCAACAGAAGCAGAAUCCUCUGUACCAGGAUUUUUGGUGCGUGCCUGAAAUGGUGGCUCAAUGACGUAACAGUCAUACUAGAAUGACCCCUCCCCUAACACUAUAUAAGAAUUAGAGCACCUUAACAUCAGCUGAGUGUGUAGUCUGUUGUUUGCUUAUGCCAGCAUGCAAUUACUUCAUUGCAAGCUUAGCAUUAGCAUCCAGAGGGAUAUAUGCUGCAGUUGCAGCAGUAGAUGUAAACUCUCUGGGCAGUUAGAAAGGUCUACACUUAACUAUGAUAUAUUCUAGGUUAGCAGAGCAGUGCCUCUCGAUAAUUGCAUUGCUCAUGCACCAAUCUUUGUUAACAUAAAUGCACAGUCCCCCACGCCCCACCUCUGCUCCUACCAGAGUCAUUAGCUGUUGUAUGCGCCCUGAGGAUCUAGCACCCUGGUAGCUCAAUGGCGCUAUGAAGGACGCCGCUGUUAAGCUAUGUUUCCAUAAAAAUCAUGAUGUUGGCAUGUCUGAUGAUGAGGUGUAAGAGAAUAGUAUAUGAGUUACAUACAGACAAAGUUUGUACUCAGUAUGUACCGUAUGUUUGGUUCAGCUAAAGCUCUUGUCUUCAUGUUUCUGUAAGGUGUUUGUGGCACUGGAAAAGUAUGUGCUAAAGUGCUAAAUUGAUAGUGUUGAUUUUUUUUUUUUCAAUUGACAAAGCUCAGAAUAAAAGUUGUAAAUCCAAUGUUAUCUAUUCAUAAAUUGUCUCUUUGAAGUGAUGCUAUAGAUGAGUUUGCAUACUAAAAACUGAUGCUGAUGCGGCAUUAUGGUAAAAUAUUUUUGGCUGGGACAUUUUCUCAGUUUACCUGCCACUGGCAGAUGAGUGAAAAGGGUUAAUUUUGGACCCUGUGUGCACAUCAGUGUUUGAGUUUUUGUUAGGGCUCUGAAAUGUAUUUUGUCUUUGCUCAUUUUUUUUUCCUUU